CCUUAGCCAAUGGGCUGCUUCCCAAGGAACGUUACCUCUGACCUCGGGGCUAAUCAGAGACAGUGAGACAGACUCCUCGCGAGAGGUGAGGUUGAAGCUGCCUCCGCCAUCUUGGAGAUGGGAGACGGGCGAUGGCUGUGGUCCUUCCGCUAAUGCAAACAACAAAACGGGUACAAUAGUCAACCCUAGUGAGCUUAUCAUCACUCUGAGUGUUGACCAAAGCUACAGAAGAAGCGAGGGCGUCAAAGCCCAGCGCGGCGACAUUGAUAGCAGCUUCGCCUGCCUGCUGGAGCGGUCGAAGUGAAGUGGCUGAAGACCGAAAGGAUGGUGCAGUCCUGUUCCGCCUACGGCUGCAAGAACCGAUAUGAUAAGGACAAGCCCGUUUCUUUCCACAAGUUUCCUCUUACUCGACCCAGUCUUUGCAAAAAAUGGGAGGCUGCUGUCCGAAGGAAAAACUUUAAGCCCACCAAGUAUAGCAGUAUCUGUUCAGAACACUUUACCCCGGACUGCUUUAAGAGGGAGUGCAACAACAAGUUGCUCAAAGAGAAUGCUGUACCCACGAUAUUUCUCUGUACUGAGCCACAUGAUAAGAAGGAAGAUCUUCUGGAGCCACAAGAACAGCUUCCCCCGCCUCCUUUAACACCUCCCAUUUCCCAGGUGGAUGCUACUAUUGGAUUACUAAUGCCUCCUCUUCAGACCCCUGAUAAUCUCUCAGUUUUCUGUGACCACAACUAUACUGUGGAGGAUACAAUGCACCAGAGAAAAAGGAUUCAUCAGCUAGAACAACAAGUUGAAAAACUCCGAAAGAAGCUCAAGACUGCACAGCAGCGAUGCAGAAGACAAGAACGACAGCUUGAAAAAUUAAAGGAGGUUGUUCACUUCCAGAAAGAGAAGGACGACAUAUCAGAGAGAGGUUACGUGAUUUUGCCGAAUGACUACUUUGAAAUAGUUGAAGUGCCAGCAUAGAAAAAUGAUGUUUGUAUUGGUUUUUAAUGGGGCAACACCACACACCCUCUUCUAGCCUAUAAGGAGUUUCAUUUGAAAAAAAUAACACUUGAGUACUUGUAUAAAAACAUUCAGAAUAUUUUUUUAAAAAAAUAAAUUAGAUAUAUAC